AUGUUGUUGGCCACAGCUCUGGUCCUCCCAGCUCUAAGUCUGGACAGCCUGCUGUGUCACUUCUGUCCCCUGCAGCACAAAAGCAAAUCCUGCGGCAACAUCACCGCCGAGUGUCUGCCCGACCAACGCUGCUCCAGUGACAGAGGUCACUACGGACUUGUCCACGUCCUGUCCUCUCAGAGCUGCGUGAACCGUGAACUCUGCGGUUCCCAUGAAAUGAUCUCUUACAGAGGGGUCAAGUACAACGUCAGUCACACCUGCUGCUGCGAGGACAAGUGCAACAGCCCGCCAAAGAAUGAUUCGAAUUUGAAGAAGCUGCUGGGGAUGAUCCCAGACAACGUUACUCGUGCUCUCGGAGAACAACUUUACGAUUCAUGUGCAAAUUACACAUCAGUGACGAGCAACACAUCAAAGAAAUAA